GAUUACAUCUUCAACAUAUAUUUUUACUAGGGGACACCACUCUGUGAAACAUAUUGCAAAUAGUUUCGUAAGAAACGAAAUCAAAAUAAAAUGCCAACUGACAGCGACAAAAGGGACCAAGACCUACAAGAAAGAAUAGAAACAUUCGUUGGAGAUCUGAAACAGGGAACUAUCCAGGGCUCCUUCAAUGUGGCAUACACGACUGUCUCACUGCUGGUCAGGAUUAUCUCACAGACAAAAUGGUCCAAUGCAAAGGAGCUGAUGGACAUUGUUCGCGCUGAGGGAAAGAAGCUAAUGUCCUCCCAGCCCUCAGAGUCGGCCAUCGGCAACAUGGUGAGACGAGUCCUGAAGAUCAUCAGAGAGGAGUAUGCAAGUGGCCUAAAAGGAAAAUCAGAAGAAGGGGAUCCCCAAGAAUCUCUCAGGAAUAAACUUCUCACAGCUGAAGGCAAUAUAGAUGACUUCACACGGAGUGUCAAAGACUUGAAAGCUACAGUGAUAGAAGCAAUGACAGAGCUCAAAACAGAAAUAGAAACAAGUGUAGAUAACAUAGCAACCCAGGCUCUAGAACACAUUCAUUCUAAUGAAGUCAUCAUGACUGCUGGCAAGUCAAAAACUGUGGAAGCGUUUUUAAAGGAUGCAGCCAGAUAUAAAAGAAAGUUUCAAGUGAUUGUCGUGGAGUGUGCUCCAUUCUAUCAUGGCCAGGAGUUGGCUGUGAGUCUGGCCAAGGCGGGCAUAGAGACCACCGUGAUCAACGACUCAGCGGUGUUUGCAAUCAUGUCGAGAGUGAACAAGGUUAUCAUGGGAACUCACACUGUCAUGGCUAAUGGAGGGUUGAAGGCCAUAAGUGGAAGUCAUGCAAUAGCACUGGCAGCAAAACACUAUUCUGUACCUAUUGUUGUUUGUGCUCCAGCUUUCAAGUUGUCACCAGAGUUCCUGUGCUCUAAUGAUCAGGAUGCCUUUAACAAGUUUGAAAGCCCAGAAGACGUGAUGCGGUUCUCUGAAGGGAAGAUUCUCUCUAAGGUUCAGAUCUACAACCCUGUGUUCGACUAUGUACCUCCAGAACUUGUCACCUUGUAUAUAUUUAACAUUGGUGGGACUGCCCCGUCCUAUGUGUACAGACUGUUGAGUGAGUUCUACCAUCCAGAUGACCAUGUCUUAUAGCACGCCCUGGACACUACCUUGUGAUCAUGUGCUGUUACAGAAAUCAUGUUAAAUUAAACCUGUGUUGUUUAUCCAU